ACAAAUGCGCAGGAACUUGUGUUAUCACCAUGGAGUUACAUGCGAUAAGAGCAUGACAGAAGAAGGGAGGGGAAACAGUAUAAAUAUUACGGACGCUUCUUGGUAGGAGACAGAUGAUUUUGUUACAGCGGGCAACAGACGCUUCACUAGAGAGUUUAUAUUUAUUGUACAAUAAAAGACGUCUUAAAUGGCAAAUUAAGGCAAAUAUACAUUGAUAAAAUAAUGCCUCUUGCUGGAGAUAAUCAUAAGUUACACAAAUUACAACGGACGCAUGAUGUGUGUGUAAGAUGUAGCCAGUGCUGUAGAAGGAACAGUGACAUUUCAUACUCUCUUCAGCCCAUUACCCACCAUUGCUUAAAAUCCAUUUUACUGGCCAGACCAAAAGGCAGCUACAAUCAAUGGAAGCAAGUAGCCGAACGGCCAAAAUAUUCAAAUCCUUCAAAGUAUGCAGUUUGCUGCUACUAUACUGAAGGAAAAGGAUGUUCAAGGUUUGGACAUAAAUGUUCCUUUGCCAGAAGCCCAGAGGAAGUUGUGGUGUGGAACUUCAUGAAGGCAGAAAGUCUUGACCUCCCUCAGCUCAUCAGCCUGUUAGAUAAUGACUACACAUGCCCAGCCCAGCAGGACAAACCAUUAGCACAAUGCCCUGGAGCACAGCAGGAGAUCUCCUGUAGUUUACAGGGAACAUUUGUGGAACUGUGCAAGACCUGCUUUCAUGACAGUCCUCAAAAGAUUUCAUCAAGGGUUCCAGGCACAAUCUGUGCUUCAGGACAUGUCUGUCAGCCUGUUCUGGUCUUUUGCCACAUGGACAAGCAAAAAAAGGUGGCCUAUGAUGAGGUCAGACCCCUACCCAAAAAUAAUGUCCAGCGGUGGAAGUACUGUAAGUAUGUAGAGAAGGGAGAACCAUGCUGGCAUGGCCGAAGGCGCUGCUGGUUUGCUCACAGUGAAAUAGAAAUGGCUGUGUGGGAGUCUGAGAGUAGGGGGAGGCUGAAUCGUUCAGAUCUGCUCCAUGGUUCACAGGGCCUGCAGACAGGAGAUUCUAGGACUAGGUCAUGUGACACGCCACAAAAGCCAGGACAGGCACACUACUGUCAUCUUUGCAAAUGCCAGUUCCACACAUAUGAAGAGUUCAUGAAUCACUGCUUCACUGUGAAACACAGGAGACUGAUCUUUGAAGAAACAGCAUUUACAUGGAGAUAUCGCAACCCACCACUAACAAGCAAAAUCUUUGGGUUGUGUGAAAGAAUGGCUACUUGUGAGUAUGGAGAUAAUUGCAUGAAGGCCCACAGUGUGGAGGAACUCCAGGAAUGGCGAGAUCGACACAAGGCUUCACGCAGGAAAGCACGGGCAGCAGAUAAGCAGGGCCUACUGUCCUACCAGGACAUCCUGCUAGAAGAGUACAGGCACAGUGAAAACAAAGACAUGAUUAUGAAAGAAUCUCUCCAAGGGGUAUCUGUUAGCUGUGACACUGAUCUCAAUAUCUUUAUAAGACAAGAGAAAAUAUCACACAGAUGGACUUUCAAAAUUAAAUCUAAGGCAGCUUUGGAUGUGGUUGCUUUACUGAGGCAGGACGUAGGUGCCACAUUUGCACUUAGUUCAGAUAGCCAUGAAGAACGCUCAUACUCCAACGGCAUAUGGUUUGAGACCCAAGACACAUCCACAACUAAAAAAGUGUAUGAAAUUAUAGUGUCCUUCACAUCUACUUGCUCUGGGCUGUAUGAACAAUGGCUAGUAUUUGACUUUGAUAUGAGGCCAGUUCUGUUGCAAAAGCUCAGAGUCAGAGUAGGGCCCCAGCUGCUUCCAGAGCCCAAGAGAGCUCAAGAUGAUGGAGCAAGUCAACAGCGCAGUGACACAUCCAUUCAAAUACUGCAACCAGAGAGCACAAAACACAGUGAGCAGGUGCCUGUGAUCUGGCAAGAGGGAAAUGUUGAAAUCAUCCCAUACCAGUGGAGGUCAGGAGCACACCAUGAGCUAUUAAAAAGGUACAAGAACAGUAAACAACAACUAAACAUAGUAACCAAAGAAGAUGACUCAAUCAAUCGCCAGAAUUAUAAAAAAAAAAUGCACAGCUUUCUCUACCAGGAAGAAAUGGCAGAAGGUCAACUGGUUAGCAGGUUGAACCUUCGAGGGAAAAUGACUUUUAAAAAAAUUUUAUUUAAUCCUUUGUUUGGACUGAAAAAUGCCAUUUCUGGAGAACUCUUUGGCAGUGUGUCUAUCUCCCAUUCACUUGCUCCCAAUACACCAGAGGGCUACAUACUGAAGAGACAUGUUCAGUCUGUUCUUGUAGGCUUGUCAAAACCUGAAGGUGGCCUACAACGUGCUUAUGAAGCUCUAAUUCUAAAAGACACCACUGGUGACACAGAACUACACCUGCAGCUCUCAAACAGAUGCUGCACUGAACUGAAACUUGAGACUGAUAAAACAGUUGAGAUGGAGGUCCAAUUUCAGUUGGACCGCAUAUGGUUUUGUGAAAUGCACAAAGCUGUUGACAUUCUGCCAGACCUUAGGAGGGUUCUUCCUGACCUGAGUGACAGCAAUGUCCAAGUUCCAGUGAAACCAAAUCCAGGUCAGCUGAAUGAAAAGCAGCAAGCUGCUAUGGACUUUAUCCUAGGAGCAUCUAUGCGCAGAAGCAGCAUGGCACCACUGUUGAUAUAUGGGCCUUUUGGAACUGGGAAAACCUUCACUCUUGCAAAGAUUACACUGGCUCUAGCACAGAAGCCGCAAAACAAAAUCUUGAUUUGUACACACACAAACAGCUCUGCUGAUCUUUAUAUCAAAGAUCAUUUCCAUAGUAGUGUAUCUACUGGUAAUCAUCCAGCCAGGCCUCUCAGAAUAAAAGCAAAAGAGAUUCCUCUCAAAACUACUGAUCGCAUUAUUCUACAGUACUGCAGUUUAUCCAAAGAUGGCUUCUACUUUGAGUUCCCUGACAGAGAUACACUAGAUGCUACAAAAAUCAUUAUAACAACAACUGCAGUGGCGCGAUUUUUUCAUGACAUGCAGCUUCCACCUGAUUACUUCAGCCACAUCUUCAUCGAUGAAGCCUCUCAGAUGCUGGAGUGUGAGGCACUAAUGGCUCUUGGCUUGGCAGGGGAAAAGACUCAAGUUGUUUUAGCUGGGGAUCACAUGCAAAUGGGGCCCAAGCUCUUCUCUGUAGGAGAGGACAAACGCUCAGAUCAUACUUUACUAAAUCGUCUCUUUCAUUACUAUCAGGCAGAGAACACUGCUACUUCCACAAACAGCCGAAUCAUCUUCAAUGAAAACUACCGCUCCACAAAGGAAAUUGUGGAUUUUGUGUCUACACAUUUUUAUGUUGGCAAGAAGAAUGUGAUCAAAGCUAAAGGAAAUGUAUUUCCUCAUCCAAACCAAUAUGCUCUACAGUUCUAUCAUGCCAGAGGACAAUGCUGGUUGGAUAAAAAUACCUUGUCUUGGUUCAAUGCAACACAAAUUGAAACUGUUGCUGAUAUUGUCUUGAAAGUACUGAAUGAAUGGCCUGAAGACUGGCCACAUCAAAAUCGUCAACCAUCAAUCUGUGUUCUUUCACAGGGCAGUCAGGUGUAUGAAAUAAGAAAAAGACUGAAACAAUAUGAACUGCAUGAUGUUACUGUUGAGAAUGCAGAAAAUGUGCAAGGAAAACAAUUCAGAGUAAUCAUAAUAUCCACUGUGCAGACCAAAGAUAGCUUGAAGUUGAUUGAAAACACAUGCCUUGAAUUCUUCAAUGACAUGCGUGUGCUGAACACAGUCAUGACCAGAGCUCAGUCCCAAGUGAUUGUAGUUGGAGAUGCUGCUGCUCUGUGCUGCUCUAAUUUUGGAAAGUGCUGGAGACUUUGGAGGUCUUACAUAAACCAUUGCAUUGCCAAAGGAAGUGUUUAUCCUGAAGAUUUCACUCUGGAUUGCUUGAAUCAAGAACUUCUGGAGAUAAAGAUUAUCGAAACUGAAGAGGAUGACAGUAGUGAUGGGGAAUCAAUUAUUUCAGAGAUACCAGACAUUGAUGAAGAUCCAAUAUUGAAAGAGCUUCUUGAUGAGGACAAUCACUUGCAAAUAAAGCUAACAGAAGAGGGCCUGUUUCCUGUACUUCAUAGUGACAAUCUUGACAUAAAUGUUAUGAGGCACCCGAAGCAAAGCAAUCCUCCCAUACUUCAUUCACAGCUGAUGUGGAAGAACAAUCCUGGCAUUUACAGGUGUGAGUUAGUCUUGGAAAGAUAUGACUCAGGCUAUGCAAAGCCACUUGAUGAGCCCACCUUACAAAUAGAGAUCAAAGGCAGAAAAAAUGUGGGGCGGUCAUUCUCUGGAGCUAUAGUAAUGGUGGAAAUGUUGACCUCUGAAACAUCUCCUCAACAGGGAAAAGUGAUAGAAGUGCUUGCUUGUGACGCUUCGUCCAAAGAGUUUGUCUGUACUCUUGACAAUAAUGAUAAUCAAGUGAUGAUGCCAAUUAACAUAUGCAUCCCUAAACUAUACACACCAUUUUGGAAGGACAAACCAAACCACAUUGCCAUAAGAAAUCCUGAGAAAUGGACUGUAGAAAGAUUUGUAAAAAUUAACGAGGAAGCACGCAGGAACAAUCUCUUUGUUGUCAAAUUCCUGAAGUGGCGGGAGGGGUUUCAGUUUCCUUUAGGGAUUGUAGUAAAAACACUUCCCAGAGUUACAUCACUACAGAAUGGACUGAAGGUACUUGAUGUAGAGUACCAACUAAAAAGGCCUGUUCCUUUGCCUGUUCAGAAAGAGAUGGAAAAUUUAGAACAUGCUGCAAGAUUUUCAUCUACAAAUGCCUGCAAAGAUUUUCUUGACCUAAUGACAUUCACUAUUGACCCUGCAAAUUCACAAGACCUUGAUGAUGCCAUCAGUGUGAGAGAUUUAGGCCAAAACUAUGAAAUAGGGAUUCACAUUGCUGAUGUUGCAAGCUUCGUGGCCAAAGAUAGUGAACUGGACAGAUAUGCAAGAAAGCAAGGAACUGCAUUCUAUGUUUCAGAAGCUGAACCAACAUAUAUGUUCCCAAAAAACUUGGCCACCAAAGUUUUCAGCUUACUUCCCCAAUGCAACAGACAUUGUAUUUCACUGAUAACUGAAAUUGACAAACAGACACACCACAUCCAGAAGAGAACAUUUUUCAGAUCUGUGAUUUGCUCUAAAAAGAAACUGUCAUAUGAAGAUGCCGAGGAUAUCUUAAAAACCUCAGGCAAUGAAAUUCGCUUUGACACCUUGGAGGGGUGUGUUGCUGUAGCUUCCCUUUUUGCUGAGGUUCAUCGGAAACACAGGAAACAGGGAGACUGGUGCUAUAACGCACCCGAUGAAGAUGAGGUUAUUGGAAGAAGACAGUCUCAUAUCCUGGUGGAGGAGCUGAUGAUCAUGUUUAACCACACAGUUGCUGAUAGGCUUCUUGCUGACAAAAAAGCCAUGAGCCUAACACCCCUAAGGUGCCAGGACAGACCAGACAGAGAUAAGUUUCAUCAGUUUCUUUACCAACAUAUCUCUUUCCUUCCAAUGUCCAUCCAUUUGUCAUCUCAACUUACUAAAUGCACAGCAGAAGAACUGAAAAAUCUAAGUGCAAUUCAAGAAACUGUUGAUACUGACCAGGAAGUUCUUGAUUCUGAAUCUUUCCCCAUAUUGACAUCUGUUUUAAAGAAUCUUGAGAUUGCAGCAAUGGAUAAAGAUAUCUACAGAAUAAUUGAUCUUAUUUCAACUGAUGAUAUUCACCCUCAGCUUCUUCCUGUUAUGCUGAAGUUGAGAAGGUUUCUUUACAAAGCACAUAUCUUGCGUGCCAACUCAACACACUUUUCACGGAUUGGGCACUAUGAUUUAGAGUUAGACAGCUACACCUGGGCUUCUUCACCAAUACGUCGCUAUGUAGAUAUCAUAGUACAGCGACUUCUUCAUUCUGUACUUGAUAACACUGAAAUCAUGUACACUUCAAGUGAAAUUGAUACAUGCUGUGUUGAAUUUGCUCAAAAAAAUAACAAUCAAGCUGCAUGUGAAAAAAAAUCACAUGCUUUGAAUUUUGCUUCAAAGCUGUCCACUCAAAAUGCAGGUAAGGUGGCUUACAUUGUUGAAGUCACUCCCACAGGAAAUAACUUCAGGAUAUCAUUCCCACUGAACAGAACUUCCAUUGCAGAAAAGGUUGACAUCAUGUUUAAGGAUCUUCAAUUGGCAGAUCAGCCAAUGUUUGAUGAAGAGAAUAAGUGCAUGGUACUAAAGUGGGUGCGAAGGGUAUAUUCUUUUUCUAGUCCCAGCAUCCAUGCUGAGCUGAAACAGCAAGAAGCAAACAAUGCAAUAACUCAUGUGCCAACAGAGUCCUGGAAAUGCCUGGUGGAAGCUAUUAAAGAAGAAAACUGGGCCUUCAUUGUUCCAAAGAUUGAACAGUUAAACUCAACAGUGCACCCAAGACAAUCUGUGAGAAGAAACAUAAAAGAUUCUGUAACACCUCCAAGGAUAGAGCCAUCCAAAGUGAAUGAAGAGCAUUUUGUUGAGAUGUCACUCAAACUAAAGCAAGGAGAAAUUAUUGAGGUUCAGUUGGGCACCGAUACUGAACGGGGACUUUUGGUGCCAGCAGUUCAGCUGCUUAUUGUCAACCCAAAAUUUGAGAUUUGCAUGGAACAUUCUAAAAAUCCAGUCAUGUGUUUUUCAAAAUAUGCACUGUAUCCCUCAAGAACAUCAUAUAACACAUACAGGGAUUAUCAGAAAAUAUGGAAACCUUUGUGUGAAAUGGAAUCAGCUGCCAGUGCUGUAGCAGAAAAUGAGAGCAUUGUCAUUGUAGAUGCAACACUGAAAUGGAAACCUUCCAAGGAGGGUCUUCAUGGAUCCUUUAACUUGCCUCUUGAGAAGAAAGCUCAAUGGGCAAUUGAAGGCAAUCUCAGAAACUGUUUCCUAUGUAUUCGGUCGAGAAUACAACAGAAGAAUUUCAAUUCAGUUCUGGAAGACCAUCUUACAAAUGGUCAAGAUUUGGAUCUAAUGGAUGUACCUGAUCUCAUUUGGAUAGCCCAUGGAGUAGUCACCAAAGUAUCAGGGGAAGAAGAAUCAAAAGAGUUGACAUAUAUGGAGAUUGAUUUCCGUAUCAACCACAUGCCUAUGUUAAACGUUCCAGAAAGUAUCUUGUGCUCGACUGCAAGAUUCACAGUAGAGCUGAUCCCAAAGCUUCUGCCUGAUGUGCGCAAAGAGAGUGCUAUUGACAACCUUACAACAGCUAAUCAUCUUGUGAAGUCCAUUGCUACUGGUAAAAAGACAUGUAACCAAAGAACCCAAAUUCAAACAAGGACACCCACCAGAUUUGAGAUUGAGGGCCACCUUAAUUUGGGGUUUCCCUACCUGAACAACAGUCAGUGCAAAGCCAUAAAGGAAGCACUAAACAAUGAGUUCACUCUUAUCCAAGGACCUCCAGGGACUGGAAAAACAGUGGUUGGUGUCCACAUUGUAUAUUGGUUCUUCCAACAAAACCAAAAACUUUCUCAUCCCAGAAAAGCUCGGAAGGAAGAUCUAAAGAAGAUGUGUAUUUUGUACUGUGGCCCAUCAAAUAAAUCAGUUGAUGUGGUUGCAGGUCAACUGCUGAAACUUCAGCGCAAACUGAAACCUCUCAGGGUCUACAGUGAUCAGAUGGAGAUUCAGGAGUUUCCUUAUCCGGGCAGCAAUCUGAGGCUGUCCCGUCAUUCACAAAGGGUAGAAAAACCCAACAAAGAGCUCAGGUCCAUUACAUUGCAUCAUAGGAUUCGUAUGUCUAGUAACCCAUUCUCAGGUCAGAUAAAGGAAUUUGAUUUAAGAAUUCAAAAAGCAGAAUCCCUCACUGAUGAAGAGAUAAAAAGGUACAAGGACUGGCUGAAAAAGGCUCGUAAGCAUGAGCUUAUGGAACACGAUGUCAUCCUCUGUACUUGUACUGCAGCCUCGCAUCCUAGUCUGGUUGAUGCUCUCAGCUUUCAGCAGAUCAUUAUUGAUGAGUGUGCCAUGGCGACAGAGCCUGAGGCUUUCAUUCCCUUGGCCACACAUAAACCUGAGCAGAUUGUUCUACUGGGAGAUCACAAACAGUUGCAGCCUGUGGUACAUUGUGAGAUGUUCCAAAGAUUGGGAAUGGGAAAAUCUCUGUUUGAACGUUACAUGCAGAAAGCACUAAUGCUUGACACUCAGUAUCGAAUGCAAGAAGACAUCUGCGCAUUUCCCUCUCAAGUGUUUUACGAAGGAAAGCUAAAGACUGGAAUACCAUACAAAUCAAGUGUUUUCCUGAACAGUUCAAAUAAACCAACAUCCAUCAUCUUUGGCCACAUUGAAGGAAAAGAGAUUAGUCUGGUGGUCUCAACAGAAAGAGGGAAUGAAAAUUCAAAAGCAAACAUAGAGGAGGCUAAAGAGGCGGUGCGAAUUGCCUUGCGUCUGAUAAAGGCUGGGAUACCAGCAAAGGAGAUUGCUAUUCUGACACCAUACAAUGCUCAGGUGGCAAAGAUCAAAGAGAUCCUGUGGCCGAAUCAAGCUGUUACAGUGAACACCAUCAUGAAGAGUCAAGGAAGUGAAUGGCGAUAUGUCAUCUUGUCAACUGUACGCUCUUGUCCUAAGAUGGAUACUGAGGUAGAACCAACAAAAGCUUGGUUCAAAAAGAAACUUGGAUUUGUCGUUGAUCCCCACCAAGUGAAUGUGGCAAUCACCAGAGCGCAGGAGGGGCUGUGCAUUAUUGGUAACAAGGACUUGCUAUGGAGCAAUUAUCUGUGGAAAAGGCUUCUGAAACAUUACCAAGACAAAAACUGUCUGGUGGAUCCUGCAAAGGACAUCCAAGUGUCACUUGCAUAAUCUCCAGAAUAGCUGGCCUGAGGUAGUCACAGAAGGUCUGGCCCAAGGGAGUCACAGAAGGGCUGGCCUGAGGUAGUCACAGAAGGGCUAGCCUGAGGGACCACCAGCUAUGCACUUUAAUCUGCAUUGAUGAUUAUGACCAAGUGUACAUUUCUUGUUUCUCCAUUUUUUCCAUUUUUUUCCAAUGUUGAGUGCCAUGUUUUGUAUUGCAUUGAACUAUACAUAUUGUAAUAAUUAUGUAAUAUUAUAAUUCUUUAGCAUGACCUAUGAUGAGAUAAAGGUGUGACAAAAAAUGUGUAAAAGACUUUUGUUUUUAGAUCAAGAUCUUUUCUUUUAGGUCUUCCAUAUCUAGAUGUAGACUUCCAUGUGUAAGUAAUAAAUAUAAAAACUCAACUGGGGCAAGUUUACAAAGUUUACAAAAUUAAUGUGACCAAAACUGACUGACAUGAUGAAGUUCAAUUUACACAAGUCCCUUAAUGUCAGUUCAAGAAGGUCAGAAAUGUGAAAAGUCCAUGUAAGGAAUUUGAUAUCUUUGGUCAUAUUGCCUUUCCCUUUUUGGUUAGAUUUAGCAAAGUUGUUAAGUAAUAUAUGUAUGAAUUUUUCACUUCCUGGCUCACUGCUAAAACUACAUUAAAGACCUAAAGAAGUUAUUUAUUAUCAGUAUCAGCUCUAAACUUGGAGUUAAGGUUUUUUUUUAUGUUUAUGAAAGAAAAAAACAAAACAUGUCCAAUGUAUAUAUGUAAUGCAUAUAAUGUAUACCACACAGCAUGUCAUAGAUAACGAUCAUCCUGUUUAGACUGUUAUACUUUAUUAAACAGCGCCAUCUGUUGGGCUCAAAGUCUCAUUCAAACUGGAAAGUAUUCCACUUAAACAUGUCAUCCUCUAUCAAUUUAUGAUAACCCUGAAGGAUCAACUUGAUUCCCUGUUGUGGUUUGACUUUACUGUUCUUAUUGUUUUACUAGGUCUGUACAUAGAGCAAAAAAGAAACACUCUCUAUGGCUUUUUCUAUUCAAUUAAACAUGUGUGGUAGGACAAAAAUCA